UAGAUGAAUCGAAUGCACCAUAAUAUUUAACUUUUCCGGGUAGCAGUAUGACUGAAGAGGACGUAAAUAUCUCCGGAUAAACCCCAAACUUCUCCUUGUAAAAGAAAUUAAAUCAUAAAUAGGGGGUUAAUUUAGGAGCUAAUCGAGGUAUCUGUUAUUUUAGUAGCAUACAGAUUGAAUAGACAAAAUGGAAAGGUACAAUUACCAUGAAACAAUGACUGAUCAAAGAUUACUUCAAGAAAAUAAAUUUCUCAAAGAUAAAAUUGAAAACCUGAAAAUUGUUAUCAAACAGUAUAGUAAUGAAUUGACAUCAGAGAAAAUGAAAAGCAGUGGAAUGACAACAGUAGCAACCCUUUUAACUGAAACACAGAGAGAGCUACAGAGAACAUUUAAACAGAAGAAAGCUCUAGAAGCAGCUGUUAAAAAUCUACAGAACAGAUUAUUAACAAACCACUUACCUGAUGAUGUCUCUAUAGGUGAAAGUGAUGUUUACAUAGCCAGUUUAUGUCCUCAAACUUUGGAAAAUCUAGCAAGUGAAAAUGUACGUUUAAAAAAUCUACUACAUAACUGUGCUACAACUGAAAAGUUAGAAGAACUGAACCGAAAACAAGACAAUAUUGAUACUCUAAAUGACGAUAUAAGAGAACUAACUCUAAAAAAUGAACGGUUGGAGAAUGAACUAAAGAAAUAUCAGAAUUUGGAAAAACCAGAUUCUUUCAACACUAUGGAUUCAAUACCUAAUAAAGAAGUGGUUGAUAUUCAAACAGCUUUAAGAAAACUAGUCAACCAGUGCCAAGAUUUUGACAUGAAGUUGAACAAAGUCAAAGAUGAAAACUCCAAUAGAAAAGUUGAAACUAAACCAACAACUAUUGAAAAUUUACAGUCACAACUAUCAAACAAUAUUGAAUUGUCCAUAUUAAAAGACCAAAACCAACAACAAAGAAAGAAAUUAGAAGAGGUCAGUGCAAUGAAUAUGAGGUGGCAAGAAUACAACAGUCAGAGAGAGGAGCAUGUACGUAGUCUUAACAGUAAAGUUCUUGAAUUACAGACUCAGUUAUCAGAACGACCAGCAAUUGGUGAAGGUAUCAAUACAGCGCUUCGAGAAGCCUCAGAGCAAAUAAAAUUCACGAAGCAGGCUAAGGAACAGGCUCAGGGAAUAGCACAUGAAUUACAGUUAGAAGUUGAUACUAAAGAUGCUUUAAUCAAAAGACUGGAAGCGCAGAUGAGAAAUGUAGGCAAUCCAAUGAAUAAUGACAAUGAUCGAGUUGAUGUUCUGAUGGCUCAGAUACAGGUCUGUACAGAAGAUUUUGAAAAUGAGAGAAGAGAUAGAGUACGAGUAUUGUCUGAGUUAACAGAGUUAAGAGAGACCCAUAACCAGACGAAGAAAGAGCUUGAAAGAUAUAAGGUGUUGAACCAGAACCGUUUUAUUCCUGGUAAUCAGUCGUAUUAUCAAGGUUCUUUUAAUAAUACCCAACAGUCACCAAUUAGAGAGCAACAGCUUUCAUCUAGAGGACGUGCUGAAAGUGAAUUGGUAAUUGAUGGACCAGGAUUUUCACUGAAUGGAGCACAAGGAUCAGACAUUAGAGAUGAUAAGAACUUAUCUAAAUCAUUACCUGUGUCAUCUGCUCAUUCUAAUAUUGAAAUCUUGUGUUGUCCUAAAUGUGGAAAGGAUUUUUCUGAGGGUGAAAAACUUAUAACUCAUAUUGAAUCAUGUGUUGAGUAAAGUGAAAAACUUAUUUGCUCUUGUAUGUUUUAUUUAGACAUAAUCAAUACUUUGUAUAGAUAAUAAAUACUUCACAUAUACAUUUAAUGUACCAAUGCAGAUACAUGUAGAUGUGUUUUACUUCUGUUAUAAUUUCAGGUAAUGGUCCUUUACUUACUAUAUACUGAGACUCAAUGAAACGCACCAAUUAUUUGACUGAAAGUGCAUGCAAGAUACAAUGCAGAUGCUGAGGCUUUGUCACAUGUUGACAUACAUAUCUUAGUUGAUCUCUAGUGGUACUAUAUAGUUUUACCUGGCAAAACCCCAACACAUAUUAGAUUGGGCUUCAAACAGAAAAACUGUCAUUUUUUUUCUUCAAAACAAGGGUACAAAUCAUUAUUUUUAAAUCAAAGCAAUAAUAGCCGACUUUCUCCCCACAUUUUAAAUUUGACAGCCUUACAUCAUGAAAUAUGUCAUGUAAAACAGCCAAUUAAAAAUAUACAAAAAGUAGGAUAACCUUUAUAGGUUGCAAGAAUAGCCUUUUCAAUUCUGUUAGAAACACUGUUUGAAAACUUUACUGACAAUAUACAGAUAAACGAAAGUUGUAUCAUUACAUUAGGCUGGGUAUGUUCAAUUUGUCCUAAUAGUAUAGUAUAAAAUUAACUUAUUCAAAGAUGUUAAAUGCAUUAAUAAAAAAAUUAAGUUUGCCAGGUGAAACUAAAGGCACCCAAUCGUAGCUAAAAACAAACCACAGUUUAUCUCAACGUUUUUACCAACGUUCUCGUAGCUAUAGUGGAUCCUGUCCACUUGAAUCGAUCGGCCAGUGACAAGAUGGUUGUAUUAUGGCAUUCAAAUCCUCGGACGAUGGGUAUGGUACACAUCCUCUUGAAUUAACGCCAGGUAGUGUUCUCGAUGGUCAGAUCUUCCACAGAACUAUAGAACUAGAAGUUGUAAGGACCCUAGCUUUUUAAAGGCCCAAAAUCAUGAUUUUUAACAUUCCCAUUGAGAUCAUUUAUCUAUGGUGAAUUUCCACAGUUAUGAAAACAUCCUUCUGAAGUGUUGUAAUCAUAAACUGAUGUUAGAUUGCAAGAUUAUGAAAGUGUUGUUUUCAUUGUAUCUCAGUAUAUAACCAAAAAAAAUAUCCUCUUGCAUGAAUAAUCUAUAUUUAUUUAAAUUGUAAGUCUGUUAAGGAAACUGACGAUUACUUUAUUUUUAUAUAUAAGAAUAUUUGUAAAAAUGAUAAUACAUCUGUUAAAACAAUCAUAUAUUUCAUAUAUUCUAACUGUGAUAAUAUUAAAAUCUGUUAAUGAUGUCUUAAUUUUAUAUUUUGUUACAAGUUCAGUACCCUUUCAUCAAGAUGUUUAUGUUGUACUCCCAUAUUUAAAGGGGAAGACCAAAGAUUUUCAACAGGUUUCCAUAAAUCUUAAAUAUAUAUUCAGAAAUAAUCCCCUCUGUAUUACAAGCAAAAAAAAUUUUGCAAGCGAGUAAUUAAUUUUUAUUAUAACCGAAAGUGAUGUAAUUGGUUCAACAUGUUCACUGGUCUCUAUAGUAAGCAUACAGAUUUGGCAUAAGUUUACCACUUAUUUUAUCCAUGCGUCGUCGCUUGGCAAAAAAUGUGAUCUAAGGGACUCUUUAUUAGGAUAUUAUAAAAAGCAUUUCCUGUUCAUGGUAAACAGAGCGAUAAGCAAUUUGAUUGGCUGAGACUUUGGAGCACAAUAUCUCUCCUUCUAGUUGAGGUAGAAUGUUCAAAAUUGGUGUGAGCUAGAAUGUUCACCCUUGACGCAGGUGUUUAUUAGGUGAAUGCCUUGAUGGAGUUCGGGAUUAAAAGAUGAGAAUUUUCUGCUUAGGGUAAGCAGAGAUAAGCAAUUUGAUUGGUUGAUGAUUUGGGACAUCAAUACGUUGACUAAGUUCCAUAAUAAGCAUUUUCUGCUUAGGGUAAGCAGAGCGAUAAGCAUUUUGAUUGGUCGAGACUUUGGAACACAAUAACUCUCCUUCUACUAGUUGAGGAGGUAGAAUGUUCAAACUCUGCUUUUAAUUGAGGUAGAAUGUUUAAACUUGAUGUUCAUUAGGUGAAUGUCUUGACUGAGUUCAAUGAUUAACAUUUUGAGCUAAAGCUAAACAGAGCUAAGCAAUUUCGUUGGUCGAUGCUUUGGAAAAGAUAACUUUGAUUCUAUCUGAUAGAGAGUGAUAAAACUUAGUGUAUAGUUGAUAAUCAGUUUGAUUGAUUGAUACUUUUGAAAAAAAAUAAAUGUGCGAUUAAUUAAUAAGUGUCUUUUUUUAAUUUUGGGUUUUCGGCUGGGGACAUCAGCCUCACUGUUGGCUUGUUUUGUCUGCUUCAAAUUUAUGGACAUUUGAGACAUACCGGUAUAUAUAUAUAGUGAACGAUUUUUCCUUUCAUUUCCUCUUGAGAAUGGCUGGGCUUGAAUUUGUAUAUGGCAUUGUAUACAGUUGACUAAUUUUCAGAAGCGAUAUCUUAUAUUCCGAUACGUUGGUGUGUGAUGUUGACAUAAUUUGAAUAUAUAUGAGCCACAAGUCCGUUGAAAUAUAUAUAAACGCUGUCAGCAUGCACAAAAACAUUCAAGCAGAUGAAAUAUCUGUAACUGCCGGGUGCCAAACAAACCAUGUGAUGUAACCAUGAGUGUGAAUUGAGCCACAGCUUUCUGUUCUGUAUUAAUAAAUUUUCGCAUCAGAGUUUUGUAUUAUUGUUAAAAGAACACAGUUUCAUAUUUAUAAUCUCCUAAUAAACAAACAGUCACUUAGAUCAAAUGUUGUCCAAAUUACGAUGCGUUCAAAGCACAAGAUAAUGAUAUAGACAUAAUUAUGUGAUAUCACAUUAAUGCUUUGCAUCAAUCAAAUUGAAUCGCAAUGUGAUCCUAUUACUUCAUAAUAAAAAUUGAUGCCAAA